UCCUAAGCAACAACAUCGUUAACUACAUCCCACCUUGAGCGCUCUCUCCCUUUCUCAGCCAUGCCGAUGCUCAUCGCCGCCCUUCUCAUCUUCAGCUUGGCCGCCUCCGCCUCCGCCUCCGCAGCACCCGACGACCAACAGCUGAAGGGGCUCUACGAGGAGUGGCUAGCGCGGCAUGGUAAAGCCUACAACGACAUCGGAGAGAAGGACAGAAGGUUCGACGUCUUCAAGGACAACUACAACUACAUCACCGAACACAACUCCUUGAACCGGACCUACAAGGUGGGACUCAACCAAUUUGCCGACCUCACUCACGACGAGUACAAGUCCAUGUACCUCGGCACCAAGAUCAACGCCCACCGCCGCUUCGCCAGGUCCAAGAAUGCCUCCCUGCGCUACCUCUCCCGCGCAGGCGAUCGCCUCCCCGACUCUGUUGACUGGAGAAAGACAGGCGCUGUUGCUCCCAUCAAGAAUCAGGGCACUUGUGGGAGCUGUUGGGCUUUCUCGACUGUGGCUGCGGUGGAGGCCAUAAACAAGAUUGUGACAGGGGAGAUGAUAACUCUGUCGGAGCAGGAGCUGGUGGACUGUGACAGAACACAAAACUCCGGCUGCAACGGCGGCCUCAUGGACUACGCCUUCCAGUUCAUCAUCUCCAACGGCGGCAUGGACACAGAAGAGGAUUACCCUUACAGAGGUGCCGAUGGCCAAUGCGAUCUCAACAGGAGGAAUGCCAAGGUUGUGACCAUAGACGGGUACGAGGACGUGCCCCAGGACGAGAAGGCCCUGCAGAAGGCCGUGGCUCAUCAGCCCGUUAGCGUGGGCAUUGAGGCCUCCGGAAGGGCCCUCCAACUCUAUUCCUCGGGUGUUUUCACUGGGGGAUGUGGGACAGAGCUGGAUCACGGCGUGGUGGUGGUGGGGUACGGAAGGGAGAGGGGGGUGGACUAUUGGAUCGUGAGGAAUUCGUGGGGGACGAAUUGGGGGGAAGAUGGCUACUUCAGGCUCGAACGCAAUGUGGGUGAUGCAUCCGGGAAGUGUGGGAUUGCUAUGAUUGCUUCUUAUCCAACCAAGACUAGCAAUGGGUAUGCCUCUCAGUGAUUGGGUUUGACCCUUUCCAAGAUCCACAAUGUUCACUUCGAUCAGGAGCACUCUUUAUUAGUUUCUGCUUUUCAAUUGUUGGAUGUUGUUAUCUGGGAUUUCACUAUUCCCUUUCCUUUGUUGGAGAGAUUUAUCUGUAGAUAUGUGUUUUAAGUUUCAUGCUUUGCCUUGCUCCUCUCCUUUGAGGAACAGUCUGUUAUUCUACUUCAAAAGUAGUUUUUUUAAAUCAAACUGUCUUUGUUCU